CGAACAAACCUGUAAUGGCGCGCUUUUGGCUUUUGUCAACAUUGUCAAAAUUGCAAAGCUUCAUAUGGACUUUAGGAAUGUAGAAGGAGAUUGUUUUACCCUAAAACUUAACAUUCUUACUAAAAUACGUUAAUUUCUAAAAUAUUACAAUGGAUGAUUCGGUGGAAAGCUCCAAUAAAGGGUCAACAGCAGAAGAAGAGUUUGAAAGAUUAAGCAAAGUUUUGAGUGUCUCGGCCGAGGUGAAGACGAAGGCAUGGGAUGUAUGGCAAGAGUUUGUUUCUAAUACAGAUCAGUCAAACUUGAGGAAUGGAAUCACUGAUUGGUUAAUGUUGGCAAUAUACACAGCAGUGAUUGAUUUAAGUGUAUCAACAAAGGAAGAAGUUGUUAUAUAUUCGAGGAAACCAGACGGUAGUGUAGAUGAUUGUAUUGCAUAUCCUAGCCUUACACUGACAAGUAUCUUACAGCAAUGUGGCAGCAAUGUGAUAACAUUUACGGAGAAGAUGAGGAGGUUUAGGGAGGAAGUUAGGUUGAGCGAGGCAGUGAGGCGGCAUGUAAUGAGGGUAGAAAAACAAUACUGUAUAUCAUCACCACUUUAUCAGAAAUUUCACAGGGAAUGGGGGACGGUUUUCAGAGAGGAAGAAAGGAGUGCUGUACCGUUCAAUCAAGAAGGUACUAACUACCGGAAGGAAUUGUGUUGGACUCUUUUCCUUAAUGCAAAAGAGAGAUUGAUGCCUGACAGUCAUGAGUUAAUCCACCUGUAUUAUAUGUUACUCACAUGUCUAGAAUUUGUAUUGAGAGAUACCCCAUCUUUCCAGCUUCACCCUCCAUUUGACAUGAUGAAAUUAAAGCACAUGGAAAAUUUGGACGAGAACGAGUUGAGCAAGGCCAUCUUGAAGAAAUUGUCUGAACACUUCCUGACAAGUUAUGAUGAGUUGAUAGCCAUGCAAACGGAAACAGAACCAUUCUUUCAAAGUUUGAAAACAAAAAAUGGUGACAUAGAUGUUUCACAGUUGAAGCACAUAUAUGAGGAGAGAUAUAGAGAGCAUGGUGGACUGAAUGAGCUGCUGUUUCUGCAGAACGAUCCACAUCUUUUACCAAAUAGUAACAAAUCACAAUCAAGUGUAAUAACACCCAGUAAAGAAUGCCCUGUGACCCCUAUACGAGCUGCCAUGAACAGUAUACAAGAGUUAAACAACACAUUGUCUUCAUCGCAAGAAGAGCCAUGCUCCCAGUUGAAAAAUUAUUUUCAGAAAUGUUCAUGUAACCCUGAGGCCUCUAUAAUCAGUAGAGUGAAUAAGUUUAGACAGCAGUUUUGUGAAAUUUACGUCCUGAAAACAAACAGCUCACAGAGAAGUAUUGCUGAACAACGGUUUAAGCAAGCAGGCUGUCUGUACUACAGAGUUAUGAAAAUGCUUCUUGAUAUGGAGACGGAGCGACUGUCACAGAAUGAUUUUAGUAAACUGUUGAAUAACGACACUUUCCAUAGAUCAUUGCUGGCUUGUUCUGUAGAAAUAGUAUUGAUCACCUACAAUAUCUCAUGUUAUCCAUCCCGGUGCAGACCAGAGUCUGAAGAUUACGUUUUUGCCUUUCCCUGGAUAUUAGAUGUCUUCCAUUUGUUUGCGUAUGAUUUUUACAAAGUUUUGGAGAGUUUUAUAAAAGUGGAGACAAAGUUAACAAGAGAAGUUGUUCAGCAUUUGACUUGCAUUGAGAAUAAAAUCCUUGACAGUAUAGCUUGGAAAACAGGUUCACCAGUUUUUGAGGCAAUAGAAAAGUCAGAGACAAUAAAUACAAAUUUUAUAUCACCAUGCGAUGCGGUUAACGGAAAUGGUUCCCAUUCAACAGCUGCUGAACUUUACCUAUCACCUGUUCGAGGACAGAGAACACGGGGGACAUUACAAGAAAAUGUGACAUCACCAGCAAAAUCCACACAGCCUGCCGCUGGGAACCAGUCUAAAGAUAGUUCACAACCAAAACCUGUAAACAGUUCUAAAAGAUCACAUUCACUGAACAUGUUUUUUAAUAAAGUGUGCAGACUGGGUUACCACAGAUUAAUAACACUUUGUGAUCUUCUUCAUGUGCCAAAAGAUACUCAACAAAAGAUUUGGACAUGUUUGGAGUUUUCUAUAACAAGUUGUCCCCAGUUGAUGAUGGAUCGACAUUUAGAUCAGAUUAUGAUGUGCUCACUGUAUGGUAUAUGUAAAGUGUCAGAAUGUGACAUCAAGUUUAAGGAUAUUGUGAAAUGUUACAGCAGUUUGACUCACGCUGAUCCUAAGGUAUACAAACAAACGUUGAUAAAAGAUCAGCAGUAUGAUUCUAUCAUCAAUUUCUAUAACAUUGUCUUCAUGCAGACCAUGAAAAAUUUCAUUCUACAGUUCGCAAAACCAGCUCAACCAAACUUAUCACCUGUGCCUAGACCUGUAGCUUCAUCAUUAAAUACAUCCCCUGUCUACAGGAUACAGGGUAGACAGAAUUUUUAUGUGUCCCCACUGAAAGUAUCUCCAUUUAAGUCUAUCCAAUCACCAGGCAGUAUGACACCUAGAUCUCGACAGCUGUACAGUUUCGGGGACUCGCUUGGGUCCUCGAUGAAGUUGAAGAGCAUAAAUGAGAGUCUAUCAGCAUUCAAGUCUCGAAAUAACCAGCCAUGUGUAACUGCUCAAUCUAGACCAGUAGGAAAAAGACUGAGCUUCGAAAAUACAGAUGACAAUCGGCAAAAUAGCCCUAAGAGUACUGAUGAAUGUAGUCCAGCGGUUGUGGUAAAGAAAAAACGAGUUGUUCCACCAAAAGCCAACACAGCAAAUUCAACUGCAAAACACUGACAUAGACACAGUCAUAGAAACAGGAAAAUAAAUUUGAUGUAAACAGAAGUAAGUUAAAUGAAAUAUGAGACAGUACUUUACAGCAGAACAUAUAUGACAACGUGGUGGAAUAUCUAUUUAUUUGUGGGAUUGCUGAUUACUGUUCAAGACUUUUAACUUUAAUAGAUAUGAGUUGCCAUCAUUGAUCAUCUUGCUCACUGGAAGAAUAUUCAUGCCUGUACAUUAAGAAUUACUAUGCUGGGCUUAUGUUCACAUCUUUAAUUCUUACAGAAAUUAUGUCAAAGUUUGAUUAAUUUUGAAAAGAUUUAUGGAUAUAUGCUUGUAUUAGGCAAUAUGCAAUUGGUUGAUAUUAUAAGCCUGUAUUGGGCUCUGUGAAAAUUGUACAGGAAGAUAAAAGCAAGUAUUGGGCUGCCAGUAAUAAUUACAUGUAAGUCUACAUUGGGUUGUCUGUAAUUGGUAAAUAUAAGCAAGAAUUAUUUGCUCGUAAUUGGUAGAUAUAAGCCAGUAUUGGGUUGCCUGUAGUAAAUAAAUAUAAGUCAGUAUUGGGUUACCUGUAUUUAGUAAAUAUAAGCCUGUAUUGGGUGUCUGUAGUUGGUAAAUGUAAGAUAGUAUUGGGCUGUCUGUUAUUGGUUGAUGUAAGCCAGUAUUGGCCUACCAGUAAUUGGUAGAUAUAUAAGCCAGUAUUGGGCUGCCAGUAAUUGGUAGAUAUAAGCCAGUAUUGGGCUGCCAGUAAUUGGUAGAUAUAAGCCUGUAUUGGGCUGAUAGUAAUUGGUAAAUAUAAGCCAGUAUUGGGCUGAUAGUAAUUGGUAUAUAUAAGCCAGUGUUGGGCUGCCAGUAAUUAGUAAAUGUAAGCCAUUUUAUGUCUGUGGAUAAUGGAUAGAAUUUUUGUUAUCUUGAUUAAUAUUGCACCAAAGUAAGUAACUGGAAAGAAUGAUGUUUGUUUAUUGCCAAUAAAGCGCAUAUUGCAUGUGCAAAAUCAUGGUUAAACUUAACUUAAAUAGCAGUUGAACAUUA